AUGUGUGGGCUGCGUACCUGUUUUUUGUGCCUCGUCGUUGCAUUCUGCCUCCUCUUCGGAGUGUCCCACUCCACCAACGAGUCCGUUUGUGUCCUGAGCGAUGCGCCGCAGCAAUGUGGCGCCUUCUGCCUGGGAGCAGUGCAUCCACUGUGUGAUCAGUACGCCAAAUCCAAGCAAGAGGAGGCAAUAGUUAAGAUCAUAGCGGAUUCUCGGGCUGAGCAGAAGGAGCUCGUGGUGAAGCUGAUAGCGGAUUCUCGGACUGAGCAGAUGGAGCUCGUGAAUCGGAGCCAAGAGGAAAUGGUGAAGAUGAUAGCGGAAUUUCGGGCUGAGCAGAAGGAGGUGUUGAAUGUCCUCGCGGCAAAUCAAACUGCCACCACGAGCAGACUUGAAUCCAUCUUGCAGAGCAGGCCAGUUACAGUGCCGCCUGGGUUCCAGAAGAUUGGAUCCAGAUACUUUUUCGUAGAAUAUAAUGAGGAGAAAAGCAGGACCUAUGCCGAGGAAACCUGUCGCGAAAAGGGCGGUCAGCUAGCAACCUUCGGAAACGAAGACGAGUUUGAAGCCGUCACAAGAAUCGUCAGUAUAUAUUCCUCCUUCUGGCUGGGUUACCAUCGAAAUAGUAAGGACGAAUUCGUGACGACCACUGGAAAUAAAGGAUCGUUUAUGAAGUGGCAUUCAGGAGAACCCGAAAACUUUGGCGAGCAGAACUGCGUUGGCCUGUACAAUUUAAGCAUGUAUGCUAGGAAAUGCGAUAUUAAAGAUGGCUUCAUUUGCCAGUUGGACACGGUUUAA